AUGUCCCUUUUGAUUGAAGCUGAGAGAUAUGUUGCUAACCAGAGCUCGCAUAUCGCUCUCAAUUCCUUCGUAACCCCCCUGCGCCGUCAUGCCGGCCGAUGGCAAGAUCAGGCGAAGGAGGCGGACAGUCGGCAGCGGCAAGGAAAACCGAAAUCGAGAUUAGACGGCCAAUUCAUCGCGGUUAAAGAUAACAUAUGCACUCGAGGUUUCCCAACGACAUGUGCCUCGAAAACCCUCGAUACAUUCACGAGCCCGUUUAACGCGACGGUGGUUCAACAACUACAAGACGCUGGGGCCAUAAUUGCCGGAAAAACGAAUCUGGAUGAAUUUGGUAUGGGGUCUCAUUCAGUCCAUUCUCGGUUCGGACCUGUCAAGAAUAUAAACCGCAGCCGUGAUUCAAGCCAUCUCUCGGCGGGAGGGAGCUCUGGUGGAAGUGCGCUUGCAGUUGCCACGGACCAGUGUCAUUCAGCAAUAGGUACGGACACAGGCGGAUCUGUUCGCCUUCCAGCUGCGUAUACGGGAACUGUAGGGUUCAAACCGUCUUACGGGCUGUUAUCUAGAUGGGGCGUUGUCGCAUAUGCGAACUCUCUAGAUACAGUUGGGAUUUUGGCGAAACGGACAUCAGUGGUUCGUGAUGUCUUCGACGCCCUGAACAAGCACGACCCCCGUGAUCCGACAAGCCUUCCUCCAGCGUCAAGGUCCAGGAUAUCAUCUAAUUUAAAUUCGCACCACCCCUCCCGCUCCGAAUCCUCCCGUCUCCGAAUCGGUGUUCCCCUGGAAUAUAACAUCUCAGAACUUAAUCCCUCAGUGCGGCAAGCCUGGUGUCGCUCACUGGAAUAUUUUCGUCAGCAAGGGCAUAUAAUUCAACCUGUAUCGCUGCCCAUGACCAAGUUAGCCUUGUCAGCGUACUACAUACUCGCUCCAGCCGAGGCAUCUUCAAACCUAGCAAAAUAUGAAGGUGUUAGAUACGGAUCUCGAUCCAAUGAUCCCAAGUGCGACAAUAAAUCAGAAAACGAUUUAUACGUGAAUACUAGAGGCGAAGGGUUUGGAGCGGAGGUUAAGAGAAGAAUCAUGCUAGGCGCAUUUAGCUUGAGCGCCCAGGCGAUCGACAACUACUUCAUCCAGGCACAGCGCAUUCGACGUCUUGUUAGGCGCGAUUUCGACGUCGCAUUUAGGGUAGAGCAUCCACUGGAUCUAGGAAUAUCGGGGAUUGAGCAGCAUACUCGAGAGUCCAGCGUCGACGUCCUCAUAUGCCCAACUGCGCCCUCUCCACCACCGACCAUUUCCGAUGUUACGAGUGCUAAGGCGACAAGAUCGCCUUUGGAUGCCUACAUCAAUGAUGUUUUUACAGUGCCUGCUAGUUUGGCUGGCCUUCCAGCCAUAUCCGUUCCUGUAUCUGGGAAAGGUGAUACUGACAAUCAAGAGAGUGAAAUCUUGGCCGGUAUCCAGAUAAUUGGCCAGUAUGGUGACGAUAAACUUGUCCUGGAAGUAGGCGAAGUACUAGAGGGCCUCGGAUUGUAA